CUCAUAGACUUGCUCGGGUUCAGCUCUCGGCAGACUUCCUGCUGUGCUCUCUCUGAGAGGUGUUCUAUCAACACGCAGGGAAGUGUUGCUCUCUGUCGACUCUGUAAACUCUGGUGUGUAAGUCGUCCAGCUCCUCGUUAGAACCGGAUAUGUAAAUGGAUCAAAGCUGGAGGACCUGAUCAGAUCAGAGGUGAGCCCAAGUUCUGAAUAUACAAAGCAGAAGAUGAAUCCGAAAGUGAAGGUACUCCUCUUCCUGCUCUGUUUGACCGGCAUCUUUGUCUUCAUGAGAGAGUAUGUGAAGCAGCCCCCCCUGCUGCCGGACGACUGCACCUGUGUAUGUGAGAAAGGAGAUUCCGGACUCAUGAGCGGUCCUGAUCAGGGGUGGUUUGCAACGCGUUUCAACAAAAAUAUGCAACCGUUUUUGUCUGCAAAUUACAGUCUGCCAGAGGAGGCGUUCAACUGGUGGAAGUUCUUACAGUAUGAAAAACGCAGCUAUAAAGUCUACGAAGCGACAAUGAAGGGGCUGUUGGAGAUGUUCCCAUCCACUCCUAAUCUCCCAAAACCCAGCCCCAACCACAACCACUACAGGACCUGUGCUGUGAUGGGGAACUCUGGUAAUCUGAGGGGGUCACGUUAUGGACCUCUGAUUGAUGCCAAUGAAGUCAUCUUAAGAAUGAACACUGGUCGAGUCGAAGGCUAUGAGGCAGACGUUGGGCACAGAACAACUCAUCGCAUCAUGUAUCCUGAGAGUGCCUUGGAUUUGGAGGACAACACUCACCUCGUGCUGUUUCCAUUCAAGAUACAAGAUCUGGAGUGGCUUGUAAAGGCCCUCAGCACAGGAUUCUCUGGAACCUCAUAUAUGCCAGUAAAAUCCAAGAUCAAAGCUAACAAGGAUUUGGUGAUGGUGAUCAAUCCGGCCUUCAUGAAGUACGUUCAUGAAACAUGGCUGGGAAAGAAGGGCAGGUAUCCCUCCACUGGAUUCAUUGCUUUGCUUAUGGCCCUGCAUAUUUGUGAUGAGGUCAACGUGUUUGGUUUUGGAGCUGACAAAGAUGGAAACUGGAGUCAUUACUGGGAAGCACUCACCAACAAAAGGUUAAAAACUGGAGUACAUCCUGGGACUCAGGAGUAUGACAUCAUCCUUGCACUCGCCAAACAACUUAAAAUCAAGUUCUAUAGAGGGUGGUGAUCUCCUGGCAGCACUUGGAGUAUGAAUUUUUAAAUAUUUAUGUUGAAAUGCUGAGUCAGCAUUUCAACAUAUUGUUAUUCCUAAACUUUAUUCUUAUUUUUCCACUUCCAUGACCGCUUUCACAGCCUUCAAAUUUUGUCCAAUUUUCACCGUUCAACUUUUCAACUAUUCAGCUUCUUAACCUCUUUCAGGCUAUCACUUUUCACAUAUUCAACCCUUAUACUUUUUAAAUUAUUCAACUUUAUUUAACUUUUUUUUAACAUUGAAACAGAUGGGAGAAUUCAGCCAAUUUGCCUUUCACUCAUUCAAAUUUGAGAUUCUACAGCUUCAGUAUACUUCAACUUACAGCCUUCAUUUUUGCAUUAAAAUGUUCACAGGUCUU